AUGGAAUCGUCGAUGAGUACUGCUACAUCAGUGGCAUUUCGAAACUGGCAAAUGUCAAAUAAUAUCGAGUCAUUAGAAACGAUCUACCAGUAUGAUUCAGCUGAACAACAAGCUAUACGAGCUGUGAAGCCGUGGGAAAAAGAUCCGCAUUAUUUCAGAGAAAUCAAAAUUGCUGCGUUGGCUUUGCUGAAAAUGGUAAUGCACGCAAGGAGUGGUGGUAAUUUAGAAGUAAUGGGAUUAGUGCAAGGUAAAGUGGAUGCCAAUACAUUGGUCGUGGUAGACAGUUUUGCUUUACCUGUAGAAGGUACUGAAACACGAGUAAACGCCCAAGCUCAAGCAUACGAAUACAUGACGACAUAUACAGACAGUUCAGAAGCAGUAGGAAGGCUUCACAAGGUCGUAGGAUGGUACCACAGUCAUCCAGGGUAUGGAUGUUGGUUAAGUGGAAUUGAUGUAUCUACUCAGGCCCUCAAUCAACAGUUCCAGGAGCCAUUUGUGGCUAUUGUUGUUGAUCCUAUCCGGACAAUGUCAGCUGGGAAAGUAGAACUUGGUGCCUUCCGAACUUAUCCGAAGGGUUAUAAGCCUCCCGAUGAGGUUCCUUCAGAAUAUCAGUCGAUCCCAUUAAACAAAAUUGAAGAUUUUGGUGUUCAUUGCAAACAAUAUUAUUCUUUGGAAAUAUCCUAUUUCAAAUCAGCUUUGGAUGCACGUCUCCUGGAUUCUUUGUGGAACACUUAUUGGGUCAGCACUUUGUCCAGCAACUCAUUGGUCACCAAUUCUUCGUACAUUACUUCGCAAAUCAGUGAUCUCGCUCAAAAAUUACAAAAUGUAAGCAAGUGCAAAAGUAUUCAGGGACCGCGUUCACUAGAUUCAACGAUAGCAGAUAAAUUGUCGAAGAUAAUUAAAGAUACAAGAAAGAUAAGCUGUGAAGUCACGCAUGGAAUGAUGGUUCAGAUGGUCAAGAAUGCAUUAUUCAACCACGCUUUCUUUUCUUUUUCGGAAAUAGAAAAAUUUUAA